AGAAGCGUACAAUACCAACGUUAAGUGAGUUCGUUGCGGGUCUUCAGAACGAUGCGGAACACGUGAGAAGUUUUCUGAAUUUAACGAAAGUUCUGUUGCAAUUGGUGUUGGAAUAUCCAGGAUUGCCAUCCGGUAUCGCCGGUCGAACACCACUCGGUCAAGCACUCAAAGAUGUGGGCAUUCAUCGAGAGAAUUACUCGGAGUUGAUGCGCAUGUUUUUGCAGUCGCGAGAUGAACAGGGAAAACAGUUAGGUGCUCGUCUUGAGAAGUGUUCGUUCGAGAAUCUCGACCCGGAAUCGAAGGCUGCA